AUGUCUCAAUCAGCUUCAUCCUCCACUCCACGUCAGCGUGUCCGCGACCUUCUCCCCACUGUCAAUUUGGGACGAUAUCAAACCGGCUCAAAGAAUAGUCUCACGGACAUACCUGGUGUUCUCGUCUCCACACAAUCGAUUCGCUCGUCGCCAGCCUAUCCGAAUGCGCCUGCGAAUUCGAUCAACACAGGCGUUACCACCAUCCUUCCGCGCAAAGACUGGUUCCACAAAGCCUGUUUUGCAGGCAUCUUCCGCUUCAAUGGUUCUGGAGAGAUGACGGGCAGCCAUUGGAUCGAGGAAACCGGACUCUUGCAUUCCCCCAUCGUCAUCACCGGCAGCUUCGGUGUCGGGUCUGCGUACAAUGGUAUCUACGAGCAUGCAAUCCGUGAAUAUGCCGACGCAGAAGGGAAAGUAGGCUGGUUCCUUACUCCGGUAGUGGCAGAGACGUUCGACGGCUUCCUUCACGACGUCUCCAAAUUCGCUGUCACGCCCCAACAUAUCGUCAAAGGUAUCGACGAGGCGAGCAGUGAUACUGUAAAAGAGGGUAACACGGGUGGAGGAACAGGCAUGCUUGCGCACUGGUUCAAAGGCGGAACUGGAUCGAGCAGUCGCCUCGUCCCUGGGGAAGGCGAGAAGAAGUACACUGUCGGUGCGCUCGUGCAAGCCAACUAUGGCGCUAUGCGCGACUUCCGCAUUUCCGGUGCGCCCAUCGGCCGUCUCAUCUUCGAGGAACAGGAGCGUAUGGCUCGCGACGAUCCGUCGAAUCCGAAACUCAUGUCGCAAGCCUCCCUCCUCUUCAAAAACAUCCAAGAGCACAAGGACAAAAAGGACGGCUCCAUCAUCAUCAUAUUGGCCACGGAUGCUCCGCUUACUCCAAUCCAACUGCAGCGUCUUGCAAAGAGGGGUACCGUAGGCCUUUCACGAGCGGGUGGAUGGGGAGCGAACCCUUCGGGCGACAUCUUCUUGGCUUUCUCGACGGCAGCGGAGGUGGAGGUACAAAACGAUGCCGAUCGCUGGACGCCCAAAGAGCGAAAUAUCGACAUGAUCGAAGAUGCGACGAUAAACGCACUCUUUGAGGCGGGAGCGGAUGCAGUGGAAGAGGCUAUUCUGAAUGCAGUGUGCAUGGCGGAGACGACCAACGGCUUUAGUGCCAAGGUGGAUGCGCUUGACCUUGACAGGGUCAAGGAAUUGAUGGAGAAAUACUUGUAG